AGGACCUGCUGAAACCUAGGCUGACCAACUCUGCCCUGCCAUCACCACCAUGAAGGGAACCUAUGCCUUGGCUCUCCUCGCCCUGGCCACGGCCUGUUAUGCUGAUGGCAUUACACGUGGAGCUGUGGUUGACUGCAGCAGGUACCUCAGUGGUGUUAAGGGCAUGGUAACAGCAUGUCCAAGAAACUUGCUUCCAGUAUGUGGUAGCAACGAUCAGACCUACAACAAUGAAUGUUUGCUUUGUGCAGAAAAUGCGGAACGUGGGCUGAAUGUGAGGAAACUUCAUGAUGGACAAUGUAUUGACUGCAGUGGAACCAAGGCCUUUUGCACCAUGGAAUACAGUGCUCACUGCGGUUCAGAUGGAACUACUUACAGCAACAAAUGUGCCUUCUGCGCGGCAGUAAAGAAGACUCGAGGAGCUCUUUUCUUGCUCAAGAAGGGGGAGUGCUAAAAUGCCUGGCUGAGUCCUGAGGGUCCUUCUGCCUUCAUUUCCCACUACUAGUACCUGUGUAGGUGACUUUUUUCUUCCUGAUUUGUGCUACUGGUCACCCCAAAUCAGUUCACUCAUACCAACUGCUCAUUCAAUAAAGAGUCUCCAAAAU